CACCCCGGAGCUCAAGAAUGACGCCUGCCUCGGAGCGUCUUCCUCGAAAGAACCGCAAGAUGGUGCUCGCCAUGCCAACUUCGCAGGUAGCUAAGUGACUGCCGCUCCAGCUGUGUAAGUUGCAGCAGACGUUCGUCUCAGGAAAUGGCUCCACCUACUGCGAGGUGACGUCACAGGAUCACUCGCGGCCGACAAAUGAUCAAGAAAGAAUCGUCCAUUGCAUGAGACUGACACUUCAUUGUAAGGUGAUCCGGAGACACCCAUUGUUCCGGAGCUGGCUAGGGAACUACCUCUGCCGAUUUUAGAGUAAUCGUGGACAUUGAGCACCAGUGAAGCGCAAGUAUACGACGUGAGGCCCCCUGCGUACAGACGACGACUACCACGUGUGGAACGCGUCGAUGUGAUCACUCGGGUCUGUCUCCCCAGCGGCAGGAGAUCCCAAUGAAAUGUUCCAGUGUAGCCUUGGGCCUCGCCACCGCUCAGCUUGUUGCGGGUCUGGGCCUGACCGUGCUUCCCAUCCACACCAUGCUCAAGUUGCCGUCGCUAGCCACUAGGGACUGUCCACUAUGGGCCGCUGGACCGUUGCUUUGCGCCGGCAUCAUUGGCACCAUCACGGUCUACAGCAACACGAACUACAAAAGCCAGAACAACCGCAAGCCCAUCUUUGUACUCAAGAUAGCCAGUUUUGCCUUGAGCAGUGUCAGCGGUGUGCUUUGCCUGGUGGCUGCUGCUGCUGCUGCUAACUGCAGCGCCCAGAUGCGCUUUAACGGAAACAUGAGCACAAGCUCAUCUUUGCGGCCAGGAGCCAUACGGCCCCUCAACUAG